CUGCACACCAAUGAAGAGGUUCUGGCUGAAGUUUGCUCUUGGGAUCUCCCUCCUCUCCCUGAGCGCUACAAGAAGGCCUGUCACAGCCUGGCAGUGGAUGAGAAGAAGCGCAUCACCCGGCUGUGUGAGGUGCAGGAUGGGAGCUCCUCCGUGUCGGUGUGUGGCCUCAGCUUGGCUUCCUCUUCCCUCAACCCGCUCCUUCGUGCCUUAAAAUUGCAGGCUAGUCUCACCGAGCUGCGGAUUUCUGGCAACCGUCUCAGUGAUGAUCUUCUGCCCGAGCUGGUUGCCACAACAAUCACCAUGCCUCGGCUUCGGCUGCUGGACAUUUCUGCCAGUCACAUUACAGGGGAAGGGCUGGAGAAGGCUGUAAAUGCUUUAAAGGGACAGAGCCAUCCUGCGUUUCCGUGCCUGGAGGAGCUCGACCUCAGUAUGAACCCGCUGGGUGACGGUGUAUCUGAGUCCCUGUCCUGCCUGCUGUCCUGCUGCCCCCUGUUAGCCAAGCUGUCCCUGCAGGCCUGUGGCCUCACUGCUCGCUUCCUACAGCAGCAUCGACUGCUGCUUGCCAGCGCCCUGACAGGCACGGGCCACCUGAAAUCAGUGUGUCUAUCCCACAAUGCACUGGGCUCCACUGGCUUUGAGCUGGUGUUGAAGACUCUGCCUCUGCACUCUCUCACACACCUGGACCUGUCUGCUGUCCGAAGGGAUCCAGCGGAUUAUCUACCGCUGGAACACCUCACCAACAUUCUGUCACAGGACGAGUGUUCACUGACGCACCUGAGUCUGGCAGCAAACGGGUUGACAGACAGCAGCGUAGCCGCAUUGGCCAGGUGCCUGCCUUCUUGUCUGACUCUGGUGAGUCUGAACCUAUCAGGAAACCCGUCUGUUACCUCGGCAGGACUUCACAACAUUCUGAUCUCUCUCAGAGAGGCGUGUCGACCUUUAACCCUUCUAAACCUUCAAGGCUGUCAGGUGUCUGGCCCCUGGGACAGUGCAGCUCUGGAUGGUUUGUCAGAGCGGGUCAAGGAUCUCCGUCUUUGCUCUCAGGGAGUCAACAAGUUGGACCGGCAGGCCUUAAAGCAGAGCUGGGACAACAGUCGGUCACAAGGACACUUUAUUGACCGAAAAAGCAAGUGCCUGCUCUCUGCUGUAGUCUCCCUGUAAAGAGGGGAAAAAAUGAAACAUGCUUCAGAGAUGCAGAGAGAGUAGCUAACUUUUGUUUUUAUUAAACCACAAACCCACAACUUUUUUAAUAAGGGGUGCUACCUUUAAUUUUUUUUAAAGGUUUUGUUUAGUUAGCGGUAAUAGCUUGAGGUUGUGAACUGCACACAAGAAAGAAAUCACUGACAUUUUGUCCAUGGACAUUCUGUGUAAAUAGCUUAUAUGAUUCAUGUACUUUGUAAGCCUUAUUUAUGUGUAUCUGUGAAAGUCGUAAGUGCAUAAAGGAUGUUUGUUGUGUUUGUGAUGUUUUCGUGUCAUGAUGCAAUUUUGUCCUAAACCCAUUGAAGUAUUAAAAAGACAAUUAAAAGGA